GGGAGAGGCUAUUUGGAGGGGAGGGGUCUCCAUCCUCAUUCCAGGAAGAGAAGCGGACUUGGAGAAGAGGAGAAAGAGGUGCCGCAUAUUGGGGGGUUAUUUGGGGAGGGGGGUGGGAGUAGGAUUUGCUUUCCCUCUCCCUGAAUCUACAAACAAGGCAGCUGGGAAAGGAGGCGGGGGGGGGGUGCGCAAAGAAAGCAGGGAGGGGCUCCGCUCUUUCUCUGUGGGAAUCGGGGGGGGGGGCCUGGAUGCAGGCCAUCCUGUUGUAAAGUGGGGUCCCCCCCCCAACAGGGUUUGCAUUGCAAGCUCUUCUCUGAAGCGCAGAGAUCAAGCCAGGCUCCCAUGGUGGGGGGAGUGGAGAGGGGCGAAGACAUUUGAGACGAACCACAAAAGGUCCCCCCCCCCCCAGUGCAACAAAGGGAUUCGCAGUCCCACCCUGUGCAUGUUGACUCAGAAGUCAGUCCUUCGUUCAAAGGGGGGGGGGCAGCCCCAUUCCGCCUAGUGAUGCUCCUCUCUGCUUAACACCCUCCAUCUCACUUCUCACUGCUCCCCGCCCCAUCGCUCCCCCCAGGCUCUGCCUCCUGCGACAGGGGAGGGCUGAGCUCCUCCAGGACCCUGACCUGCCCCCCUCCGAAAUCUCCUGCUGAAGCCCCUGCCACAGUGGGGCGGAGAUCGGGAGGGCAAGCAGGGGAGAGGAAGUGGAAGCAGCUGGAGAACAGAGUCUGGAUUGGGGGAGAUUUUGAGUUGGGGGGGUGAGGUCAAGUGUCAAGGGAAAUCGGCCUCUGCAGCUUCCUGAAAUGGGCCAUGGAUCACAGGAUUUAAAUCUAAUCAAGGCCUUAGGAGCCCUUUAAAAAGCUUCAAGGCAAGGAUUGGAGGAAUUAAAGAAACGCCCCCUCCCCAGCUGGACUUGGGGGAAAGAGGAGGGGCAAUGAGUUUUUGAUGCUGCCUUGCAGGAUUGGCCCAGCGCAGAGGUGCUGAGGGACUUUCUGUGCCGGUGCUGCCAGCCUCGCUCCUGCCUGGCUUCGUCCCCAUCCAGGUUGCCAGGAGGGUCUUAUAAUACUGUAGGUGUUCUGAAGCCCACCACCUGGGCAAUGCUCACACAAGAACCCCGCAAGGUGGGCCAGGAUAAUAAUAAUAAUAAUAAUAAUAAUAAUAAUAAUUUUUAUUUAUACCCCGCCCUCCCCAGCCAAGGCCGGGCUCAGAGCAGCUUACAAGCAAUAAUAAAAACAAGUUAAAUGAUUACAACUUAAAAACAAAAUUAAAAAAUACAACAUUAAAAUAUUGAAACAUUAAAAUAUUAAAAUGUAGCCUCAUCGCAGAGGGAGAAGGAAAAGAAAAAAGAAAGAGAGGGAGGGAAUCAAAUUGGCUCCAAGCCAAAGGCCAGGCGGAACAACUCUGUCUUACAGGCCCUGCAGAAAGAAAUCAGAUCCUGCAGGGCCCUGGUCUCAUGAGGCAGAGCGUUCCACCAGGCCGGAGCCAGUGUUGAAAAGGCCCUGGCUCUGGUUGAAGCCAAUCUAACUUCCUUAGGGCCUGGGACCACUAGGGUGUUGCUAUUUAUGGACCUUGAGGCUCUCCGUGGGGCAUACCGGGAGAGGCGGUCCCGUAGGUACGAGGGUCCUAGGCCAUGAAGGGCUUUAAAGGUCAAAAGCAGCACCUUAAAUCUGAUCCUGUACUCCACCGGGAGCCAGUGCAGCUUGAAAAGCACUGGGUGAAUAUGCUCCCAUGGCAGAGACCCCGUGAGGAGCCUCGCUGCAGCAUUCUGCACCCUCUGGAGUUUCUGGGUCAGCUUCAAGGGCAGCCCCGCGUAGAGCGAAUUACAGUAGUCAAGCCUGGAGAUGACCGUCGCAUGGAUCACUGUGGCCAGGUCGGGCGGGAAAGGUAAGGGACCAACUGCUUGAUGCGGCGAAGGUGGAAAAAUGUCGCCUUGGCUGUUGCUGUAACUUGCGCCUCCAUGGAAAGGGAGGCGUCAAGGAUUACACCCAAACUCUUAACGGAAGGCAAUGGCACUAAUUGGGCCCCCGCAAGAGAAGGGAGUUGGUCCCUCAUCCCCAUGCCAUCCCGACCCAGCCAUAGGACCUCUGUCUUCGAAGGAUUUAGUUUCAAUCGGCUCCCACGAAACCAUCCAGCCACAGCUUCCAAGCAUCUGGUCAGUGUGUUCGGGGCUGAGUCGGUGUGGCCAUCCAUCAGCAGAUAGAGCUGAGUGUCAUCAGCAUAUUGGUGACAGCCCAGCCCAAAGCUCCGAAUAAUCUGGGCAAGGGGGCGCAUAAAGAUGUUAAAAAGCAUUGGGGAGAGGAUUGCGCCCUGCGGCACUCCACACACCAAGGAGUGGCGCGACGACAUUUCCCUCCCUAGUGCCACCCUCUGUCCCCGACCAGAGAUAAAAGAGCACAGCCAGUUACGGGCUAUGCCCUGUAUCCUCACGUCUGCGAGGCGGUGGUCCAGAAGAUCAUGAUGACAGGAUGACAGCCUGUUCCAUGUUUGGAACAGGGGUGGAGACCAUUAUCCAGUCUGAGGGCCAUAUUCGCUCCUGAGCAGCCUUCCAGGGGCCACUUUGAUAGGCAGGGCAGAGGACAGAGUUGGUGGGGCUAUGGAGGUGACUCUGAGCUUUGUCCAGGAGCUGCCUGCCUUCCAGGGAUUUUUUCCAGCCAAACAAAAGCCCCUCAAGAGGCAACUGGGAAGCGUUGGAAAGAGGGUGUGGCGCUGGAGAAAUUCCUGAGGGCCAGAGAGAGAGACAGAGGUGACUUGAGGGCCAAUUUAGCCCUUGGGUCUGAGGUUCCCCACCCUGCAGUUUGGGUGCUGGGCUUACACCAGGGAGACUCAGUCCCCCAUCCCCCUGCUCAGGAGGGAUGCCCUGUGCCCAUUUUGGACCCCCUGAUUAUUUCUCCUCCUGUCCUUCCUCACAGUGUAGGGAAGAUAAAGGGGGGGCACACACAGAGACACAGGUUCCUAAGAGGAAGGACUAGGGGGCCGUAAGCCACUGAACUUCAUAUCCCCUAAGCUACAAUCCAUGUUAGCGCAUAGAGUGCUCUAAAUAUUUCCAUCUGCUCCGCUUGGAUGGAGCUUCUGCACCCUGGUGCCCCCCAGGUGUUGGUUUUCUUCUGACUGCAAAUUCUGCCCAUAAUUUAAGAGUUUCCCUUAUUUUCUUCAUUCUAAAUGUAUCAAAGGGUCAGAAACUGGUUUCCUGGAUGGCUGUUUGGAGGAAAGGAAAAGUUAGGUCUAUUGACCAUAAUGCUUUUUGCGAAGCUUCAUUAAGAGUUUUGGAUUUAAUCCUAGAACUUUCCAAACCAAAGCUGAAUGUCCCCUAAAGACUUAGGCAGCUUAUAGUAUUAUAAAGUUCCUGUAGAAAGGAUUGCAUCCUUCCAGUUCCCUGCCUUUGUAGUUAGAAUUUGUGAGUAUUAGUUUAUGAGUAUUGAUAUUUGUAAUUUGUAACAGGUAUGCUAUCUGUGUAAAUGUAUCCCGCCCUAAUUAAAUCCAUCUUUCUGUGAACCACCCUGAGACCUUCGGGUAUAGGGCAGUAUAUAAAUUCAAUUAGUUCUUCAUUGUUCUCCAUUGUUCUCCUAAAAGAGCUGCUCCCUGCAUUGAAGGGCAUCGUGGCAACAGCUGAGAGAGUCCCAGAAGUGGCCCAGUUUAUGCCUCCUCCUCCUCCAUCCUUUCCACUGGCAACGCAAUGGCCUUCGAGACCCCCUUUGAACAGCCUCUUCUUAAAGAUGGAGUGAAAAGAGGAGCCAGGCAGCUUCCUCAGGUAGGGAAAGAGCAACGGGAGCAGGGAGGAGGGAAGAGGCACAGAUGGGACCACCCAGCCUUCCUCUGUGUUGAGUGUGGAUGAUGGGGAUCUAAGAGAAGCUCUGUUUUCUUCCUCCUCUUCUUCCAGGCCCUCUUGACCUUUGAGGAGGUGGCUGUGUUUUUCACGGAGGAGGAGUGGGCUCUGCUGGAUCCUGGCCAAAGAGCUCUGCACAAGGAAGUCAUGGAGGAGAAUUAUGAGAUGGUGGCCUCUCUGGGUAAGGGCAGAUUUUUAUUCCUCUUUUAUUCCUAGACGUUGAAGGUGUGAAUCUCCUGUUUGAGCCAUUUAUUCAUGCCGUGUCUUCAAAUUUGGCGACCCCUCAUAGCUGACUAAGAUUGUCUUCCAUCAACACGGUCUUAACGGUGUGUCCAUAAGUGACUAUGGAGUCCAAUUCUGGAUCCACACAUCCUUCCACAGUGGGGACAUAGGUUUCCGGGCAGGAUUUGAUUACAGUGAGGGUUUGCAAACGUACUUUCCUUUUAGCUUGUUUUCCCCUUUCGUCCAGUGUGGUGUAGUGGUUAAGAGCGGUAGACUCGUAAUCUGGUAAACUGGGUUCGCAUCUCCGCUCCUCCACAUGCAGCUGCUGGGUGACCUUGGGCCAGUCACACUUCUCUGAAGUCUCUCAGCCCCACUCACCUCACAGAGUGUUUGUUGUGGAGGAGGAAGGGAAAGGAGAAUGUUAGCCGCUUUGAGACUCCUUCGGGUAGUGAUAAAGCGGGAUAUCAAAUCCAAACUCUUCUUCUUCUUCCUGAGUUUGUGCCUGCGAGUGCUCCCUCACUGCGAAAUGUGAGGUUACAGGGAACCAGGCAGAGGGCCUUCUCAGUAGCAGCACCCACCCGGUUGAACACCCUCCCAUCAGAUGUCAAGGAAAUAAACAACUAUCUGACUUUUAGAAGUCAUCUGAAGGCAGCCCUGUUUAGGGAAGUUUUUAAUGUUUAAUGCUAUGUUUUUUAUUUGGUUGGAUGCCACCCAGAGUGGCUGGGGAAACCCAGCCAGAUGGGUGGGGUAUAAUUAUUAUUAUUAUUAUUACUAUUAUUAUUAUUAUUAUUAUUAUUAUUAUUAUACAUCAAGGGAGGAAGGAGAAAGCUGAAUACAGAGGAUUAGCAUUUUCACAGGAAGGGGAAGAUGGGGAAAGUGUGUCCCUACAGAUGUUGCUACACUCCCAUCAUCCCUGGUCAUUGGCCAUCUUUGCUUGGGUUGAUGGUACUUAGAGUCCAACCACGUCUGGAUGGCCAUAGAUGCCUUGCCUCAGCACAGAAGGUUCUCUUGGUGCUCAGUGUUACAUGGGAGUUGAAGGUAGAACUGGAUACUAGGGGUUAUUGAGGCUAUUUUCAGACCUUUCCUUUCUCUUUUAAAUUCUCUUCCUUGAAUACCUAACAAUAUUUUCUUAUCCCCCACUUUAAACCAGGUGAUGGAGAAGGCAAUCAGAAUACUGUAAAGUACUUCAGUGUGAGUGAACACGUUAGCACACAUCUACAAACUAACAUAGGGGAGAAAUCCUCUAGAUACAUGGAGUGCGGAAAGAGCUUCAAUCAGAGUGCAAGCCUUACUAGACAUCAACAAAUUAACACCGGGGAGAAACCAUUUGGAUGUAUGGAUUGUGGGAAGAGCUUCAGUCAGUGUUCACACCUUACUAUACAUCAGUGUAUUCACACAGGGGGAAAACCAUAUAAAUGUAUAGAGUGCGGAAGAAGCUUUAGAGAAAAUGGAAGUCUUACUGUACAUCAACGAACUCACACGGGUGAGAAACCAUUUAAAUGUUUGGAGUGUGGGAAAGGUUUCAUUGAGAGUGGAGCUCUAAAAAAACAUCAACGAAUUCACACAGGGGAGAAACCAUUUAAAUGUAUGGAAUGUGGGAAGGGUUUCAUUGAGAGUGGAGCUCUAACGAAACAUCAACGAAUUCACACAGGGGAGAAACCGUUUAAAUGCAUGGAGUGCGGAAGGAGCUUCAGUGAAAAUGGAACUCUUACAAAACAUCAACGAAUUCACACAGGGGAGAAACCAUUUAGAUGUAUGGAUUGUGGAAAGAAGUUCAGGGAUAGGGGAAAUCUUACUGUACAUCAACGAAUUCACACUGGGGAGAAACCAUACAGAUGUAUGGGGUGCGGAAAGAGCUUCAGACUUUGUUCGCACCUUACUAUACAUCGGAGAACUCACACAGGGGAGAAACCAUAUAAAUGUAUGGAGUGUGGAAAGAGCUUCAGUGAAAAUGGAAGUCUUACCUUACAUCAACGAACUCACACGGGUGAGAAACCAUUUAAAUGUAUGGAGUGUGGGAAGUGUUUCAGGCAGUGUUCAUACCUUACUAUACAUCGAAGAACUCACACAGGGGAGAAACCAUACAAAUGUUUGGAGUGUGGAAAGAGCUUCAUGCGUAGUUGGCAACUCAUUUUGCACCAUCAAAGUCACACUGGGGAGAAACCAUUUAAUUGUAAGGAUUGUGGGAAGGGUUUCAGUGAAGGUAGAAAACUUACAAUACAUCAACGAACUCACACAGGGGAGAAACCAUAUAAAUGUUUGGAGUGUGGAAAGAGCUUCAUUUGUAGUGGAAAACUCACUCUACACCAACAAAGUCACACCGGGGAGAAACCAUUUAAAUGUAUUUGUGGGAAAGGUUUCAUUGAGAGUGGAGCUCUUAGAAGACAUCAACGAACUCACACAAGAGAGAAACCAUUUAAAUGUCUGGAGUGUGGAAAGAGCUUCAGUGAAGCUUCAAAACUGACCAUACAUCUACGAGGUCACACAGGGGAGAAACCCUUUAAAUGUAUAGAGUGUGGACAGAGUUUCAGUCACAAUGGAACACUUACUAGACAUCAAAGAACUCACACGGGUGAGAAACCAUAUAAGUGUAUGUUUUGUGGAAAGUGCUUCAGACAGUGUUCAGACCUUACUCUACAUCAACGAACUCAUACAGGGGAGAAACCCUUUAAAUGUAAGGAUUGUGGGAAGGGUUUCAGUGAAGGUAGAAAACUUACAAUACAUAAACGAACUCACACAGGGGAGAAACCAUUUAGAUGUUUGGAGUGUGGAAAGAGCUUCAGUCAGAGUGCAAGCCUUACUAGACAUCAACGAACUCACACAGGGGAGAAACCAUAUAAAUGUAUGGAGUGCGGGAAGAGCUUCAGUGAAGGUGGAAAACUUACAAGACAUCAAAAAUCUCACAGAUAAGCAAUUGCUUAAAUGAGUGUGGAAAGUAUUUCAAUUAUAACAGUUCUCAAUUAACACCUACAGACUGUCACAGGGGGAACCAAUUUAGUUUUAUGGAAUGUGCCAAGUUUUUCCUCACAGAGUUCACUUUGUCCCUCACAUCAACAAACUCAUAAAGGGAACAAUCAAGUGUAAAUGCAUGGAGUAUAUUUGAUGUUCUGGUGUUUGUAUGGAAAGUGUUUUCUUUUUCCCUGCCAGCAAAUGGUUAACAAAUGACUGCUUCUGAUUGGCCGGGGUUCCAGGAGAGGGAGUUGAAAAGGAGAGGUUUUGGAGAGACAGGUUUCAGGUUAGGAGAUAGGUUGGGGAUAGGUAAUGAGAGGAGAGAGUUGGUUUUGGGUAGAAACAUCGACUCUGAGGAAUAUAUCACAAGCUAGAGAAAGAAGUCUCUGAGCUUAGGAUGAAGGACAGUGUUUCGUGUGCUGUAAGAGUAACAGGCCAGGAAUUAACUGGGAGGCUGAGGCUGAGCCAGGAGAAGUAGAAGCUGGAAAGAUACAGUCUACUUAGGUCUCAUUCCAGUCAGGAGGGGAGAUUCUUCUAGAAAAAGAGAAGUGUCCCAAACUAGUUAAGAGGGGUGUGGAGAUGCCUUGGGUCUGUUGCUUGGAGUACCUCAGGAAAAGGGUUGUCAAAGGGGUGUGUAACUCACAGGAAGUACCACCUUGUUUAAGAACCCAAGUACUUAAGUCCAAAUAAACCAAAGGUUGGAUUUAGACAAGAGAGAAGGCCUGGCAAAAGAAACAUCUAAAUUUGAAAAAGAGCUAACUCAUAAUAAAGAAUGGGAAGUGAAAGAAGAGCAAGUUAAAGCUGCAACGGUGAGAUGGGCACAAGACCUUGGAUAUAAUAUCUAAAUGGAACAAUGGGAAAGAUAGAAGGAGGAUAUCAGAUUCACAGCGUGCUAUAAUCUCAGGGAAAUCCUUAUGAAAAUGCUAUAUAGCUGGCACCACACUCCAGCAAAACUUGCUAAAAUGUACAAAGGUAGAUCGCCAACCUGCUGGAGAUGUAAAAAAGAUACGGGAUUAUUAUCUGCACAUGUGGUGGAACUGUAUAGUCCUCUGUGAAUUUUGGGAUAAACUAUAUAAUGAAUUUAAAUAAUUAUUGAAAUUUAGAUUAAAAACACACACCAAAAGCCUUCCUCUUAGGAAUAAUGUCAAUGGAAAUUAAAAAAGAUAUAAGACCACUGUUCAUGUAUGGGAUAAUGGCAGCCAGAAUAUUAGUGGCAAGGAACUGGAAAAAUGAAACAGCACCCACUAUAACAGAAUGGCAGACGCUUAGGAUAGAAUACCUCCAGCUGGCUAAGAUGACGGGGAGAGUAAGAGGGCUUUCAAAUCAGAAAGUAUAUAAAGAAUGGAGUAUAUUCAAACAUUAUAUAAAAACUUAUUGUUCAAAUAAAAAUCUCCUAGCAGAACUAAAUUGAUUCUUGUAAAGUGCAAUGCGUAAAUGUUUACCUACUGUAGUGUAUAAAGAUAAAUCAAGAUAAUAGACGAUGGUGCGUUAAAGUGUAAAUAACAACAUUAAUACAAUGAGAAGAAUUGGAAGUCUUUUUAUUCAAAAUUUAAUAUCUGAUUGUAUAACAAUGCAAACUCUUUUUUAUCUUUUCUUUUCCUUUGUUCGCCCUCACCCUUUUUCUUACUUCUAUGUAUGUAUAUAUAUUUGUAUUUUAAUUCAAUAAAGCUGGAUAGUUGUGCUUAAAAAAAAGAAAAGAACCAAAGUACUAAGCGGCAACAGCUGUGCAACAACUGAGAAAGAACUGAAGUGAAAUACCUGGAAAUAAGCUGAGCAUUUACCAUUCAGUCUAAAAACCUGUGACAUCUACCUGAAGUGAAGUAACCGAACAUAAGCAACUGAAGUUUAUAAGAAGCUGUGCUUGAUUAGAAGUCCAUAACAUCAGUUAGAUUUAGUAUAAAUAUUAUUAGGUGAACGGUUACCUGAAAUAACAUCAUAACCUGAAGUAACCUUUGUUUUACCCACUUUGUGUCAUAAACUUCCUUUGUUUAAUAAAACCUUUAUUGUUUGUUUGAGC